GGGGUAAGGAGACAGACUGCAAGAGAAAGACCAGUGUGUGUGUGUGUCAGUGUUGAUGAUCGAGACAGCAGUGAGUGUUAACAGUCGGAGAGAGAGCGCAAGAGGCAGAGGGAAUCCGUGUAGUUGCAGGGAGCAGAGGGGUGGUGGGUGGGUCUGGUGUGCGUACAGGGUCGAGAGAGUCAAGACAAUUCCUCGCGCGUCUCACCGCUUCCCACAUGGCGUGUUCGGACGCACGUUGUCGACACAUGUCAAGCGGCACCAGCCUGCCCGGCCUGCGCAACGGGGAUGCGUGUGGCGUUGACGAGCACUUGAAGGAUGCAUGCAGAGGCCAGGGCCAAGCCACAGGGACCGCAUCUCCUGGCGAUCACAACCACUGCUCCGACCCUUCCACGGAAUUCCCUUGUGGGCCCCACACUGCGUUGUCCAGCAAUGGGGCCCCGUUGGAGAACGGGCUGCACGACAAACACAGGAAGUCCGUGGAGGCGCACGAGCAACGAGGGAAGGUGUUCAGGCCCCGGUCGUCACUGCUCGAUGAGAUGCUGCUUGUCAACCACAUCCGCACCAUCUACCACAUCUUCCUGGCGGUGCUGCUGCUCAUGGCAGUCGCUUCCCUUAUCCUGGACAUCCUGCGCCACGACAGGUUGCUCCCCGACAUCAGCUUCGUGAUCUCCUGCUUCGGGAAGCUCCACCUGGUGGCGCUCACGUGGGGCGCGAUGUUCGUGGCGACGCUGCUGGUGCCCUACGGGGCUCUGCACGCCUGGGCGCGCGCCUGGUCCCUGCUGCUGACGCGCCCUGGAGCGGAGCUCCGCGGCUGGGCCCUCGCGCGCUCCUCGCCGCUCCGCGCAGGGACCCUGAGCGCCGCGUGCGCCCUGCCGUACGUGGCCUUCGUGCUGCUCGUGCUGGGCGUGCUGCCCGUGUGGGUCUGCGUGGCCCACGUGCUCCCGCCCGCCUCGCGCUUCAUCCUCAUCCUCGAGCAGGUGCGGUUCGUGAUGAAGGCCCACGCGUUCGUGCGUGACAACGUCCCGCGCGUCGCACUCUCUGUGCACCCCCAGGGCCCCAACUCAUCGCUGCCCAGCAUCUCCCAGUACCUCUACUAUCUAUUCUGCCCCUCACUCAUCUACCGCGACAGCUACCCCAGAAACACGUCCAUCCGCUGGGACUAUGUGCGCACCAAGCUUGCCGAGAUGGCGUGCAUCUUUGUGUACGGCCACUUCAUCUUCCAGUGCCUGGUGGUGCCGCUCUUCCAGGACGUGCAGCACGAGCCGCUGACACUCGAGCGGCUCGUGCUCUACGUGUGCCACGCCAUGGUGCCCGGCACCCUGCUGUUCAUCAUCACCUUCUUCGCCUUCCUGCACUGCUGGCUGAACCUGUUCGGAGAGCUGAUGCGCUUCGCGGACCGCAUGUUCUACAAGGACUGGUGGAACUCGCGCUCGUUCGCCAAUUACUACCGCACGUGGAACGUGGUUGUCCACGACUGGCUCUACACGUAUUUCUACGGGGAUCUCAUCAGGGUGUUCUCACGGCGUCACCGCAGGGCUGCCAUGCUGAUUGUCUUCAUCUUCUCGGCGAUCGUGCACGAGUACGUCUUCACCGUCUGCUUCGGCUUGUUCUGCCCGGUGAUGCUCUUCCUCUUCAUAUGCUUUGGCAUGGUGCUGAACUUCCUGCUUCACGACGGGAGGAGCAAUGACGUGUGGAACAUCUUCAUGUGGUUUGCACUGAUCCUGGGCCAGGGUGUCCUGGUCACUCUCUACUCUCUGGAGUGGAGUGCCCUGCGACACUGCCCUUCGAAACCGGAAACCGUCUGGGAAUUCAUCACCCCACAAUUCUGGUCUUGUUAUGCGUCGCGGUAAGGGGCUGGGAGCUGCGGCGGCGAUGGCAGCGAGGAUGGGGACCAUGGGGGUUUGGGGAAAUGGGGGGAGAGAGAGAGAGAAUCUAAUGCCGAGACAACGCCAUGGGGUUGAGGCUUAACGAACAUGAAGACUGAGAAUGGAACAUGAGGUCCAGUCUUGAUGCCGACCGUGUUUUGCAGGGAAGCACAGCGACGCACACGCUCUUUAACAGCAUUCACGCGCACAGCGUCAAUGCCAGGGUUGCCGAGCCACAGUGUGCACUUUACACGAGGGCCUCUACAGGCACACAUGGAUCAAUGCAGAUGCCGACAUGCCCGUUGCUUUGCCUUGACUUUCACGAGCACUAGGCCACUAUCCCUGGCAGUUUGCGAGCUCAUGAACACGCACACACUAUUCACUUCCAAAUGGUUAAACAACAUCGGCAAAAAGCUGAUAUACAAUCGACCGGCACAUUCACCUACGCUUUAAGGUUUAAAUUCUGUCGUGGCCUCUUACUUGUAACGUAUCAUUACGUCGUAGAUGAUAAUCUGCUUCAUGCUUGAGACCUUUGAAUAUAUGUUUUUCACUUAUUGCAAAUCUGCAAUGUUUUUUUGUUGUUAUGCUGUCAAAGAAUUUAUGAUUGAACUUUGAACUACAAUGCACAUUCAGGUGUUAAAAUGCAUCUUGGUUUUACAGGCCAUGUGAUGUGUCCUUUUGUCAGUGUGCAUUACCAGCGAGAAAAAUCUAAAUGUCACGUAAUAAUGUAUUUGUAUUGAAUAAAUGGAAUGAAAAUUUUUUUAAAAUAUGCUUCACAAGCAGCCUAUUGUAUAAUAUCGAUCACAUGGUCCGCCCUGUAUAUUUCAUCAUCGCUUUUAACCUGGUCUUGCCUCUUUAACCUGGUAGUGCCUACACACAGAGUGCUUGAUACAAAUGAACGACAAUACCUUGCUGAUUUCGUCAAAGAGCAUACAUCACCACACAAACUCCGGUCAUCCUCGCAUUGGCUUUUGGCUAACCAUCGAACAAAGACGGUCAUUGCAUAGCGCUUUCAGACGGGCUUCUGCAGCCGUCUGGAACGCUCUCCUUUUGAUAUUAGGAAGCCACUGAAGCCAUGCACUUUUAAAUGAUCUAAAUUGAAAACUUCUUACUUUAGAACUGCUAUUUGUGUUUAGUUUGUUGUCCUUCGCCGCACUUCCGAUUAGCACGGUUGGCUACGUACGGUGCGAAAGAAGUUCAACACUUUACCAAGUCAGUUCCUGGUAAAACCCACCGAUUACGUUGGAAACUGCUGAAUUUUCGUGUGACCCUUAGGAAGAUAUUUUUGGUUUUUAAAUCGCCACCCAUUUAUUCCCAGAGGGCUGAUUGAGAUGGCAGUGGAAACAUCGAGAAGUCUCAACGUGACGUGAAGAAUAUAAUUAACGAUUGCUUACAAAUUUGCGUGUAGAUUAUUUGGCUACCCCCCAUGAGUUCUGAGAAGUGAUGAUGAUUAUGACGAUGAUAAAGCCACUCCGAUGAGCUAUAAUUGUGUAGCCAGGUCGCCUCUGGAAAAAGAGUUUAUAUCAGAGGCGGGCUGUUCCUGGAAAAUUAAAGUUUAGUUUGCUUUUAUAUUUGUUUUGAAUCUCAAGCAUUCAAAAAGUUUAACAAAUAAGUACAGGGAAAAAAAAACGCCACCGUUUUGGUUAUUCCACACCACAUUGCGUUUAUUCACUUUUACAGGUUUAAGUGCUAAAAUCGGUUUGGAAUUUGAACGUAAUUACGUGAACAAUGUUACACAUUUAUCUGUAAAUAGCCGAUUUGGACGCAAUAAACCUUGGGAGUUUGAUUGUGUGCA